AUGAGCGUGCGAUCGAAGUCCGCGUCAGUCAUCAAAGGCAGUUACGUUAUUCUUAAAAGCAGCAUCGGCCUCACCGGCAGCCUCGGCGCCGCGCUCGGUCGCAACGGCUGCGGCGGCGCGCUCGGCCAACCCUGGCGUCCGCCCUCGCCGCAAGCGACCCAACCGCUGUCGCUGCUGAUCCCACCGCUAGCGGCGGGCUCCGGCGCACCCACUCUCGCAAAGGGGGCGAUCAGCCCCAGCCGGGCGUCCCCCUACCUGGAAGCUGCCGCCCAGGCGGCCGCCUGCGCGCUCGCACCGCUCGACCCGUCGCGCGGCGGCGGCAGCGCCGGGGCCGGCGGCCGCGCGUCGUGGGGCCUGCGGGGCGCCACAGCGGUGUCGUCUGCGAAUGCAGCGGGCGGCGCGGCGCAGGGGACGGCGGGGCCCGGCAGGCGCGUCCGCUGGGAUUACUCAUCGAACUCAGACCAAGAGCCGGCCUUCGAAGCUGAGCUGGCGGCGUGGCAGGAGCGUGUGGAUGCAGGAGAGUUCUCUCUGCGCCCUGUCAGCGCUCUGAGUGGCCUGGGCGGUGGGCCCGACGGCAGGGCGGGCCCCGGCCCUGCAGCCCUGCGCCCGCUCAGCGCGGCGGCCGCGGCCGCGGCGGCGACGGCCCGGCCGGAGACUUUCAGCAGCGGCGCGCUCGCUGCGGGCGGCCGCGGCGCGGCGCGGCGGCCGGUCGCGUUCAGCGGGGGCGACGCGCCGGCGCUUGACGCGCUGGAGGCGCUGCUGCUGCGCUGCGUGGUGCAGAAGCCCCGCCUGACGGUGCUGCAGCUCGCAGCUGCGACGCAGGCGCUGCGCGCGCUCGACGCCGCCCCCCAGCUCGCGGCGGCGGCGCUGCUGCUGCGAGGCGGGUUCUGGACGGCGGCGGCGGGGCUGAGCUACGGCGGGGACUGGCGGCUGGUGGGGGAGGUGCUUGGGGAGAUGACGUCACUCCUAAGGGCGGGGCUAGCGCUGGGCGAUGACCACCAGGCCGCCGCCGAGUCGUGGCGGUGGCACCCGCGGGACAGGGACCUCUUUGCCCGCAGCUUCCGCGCCCACGGCAUGGCCCAGGCCCUGUCAGCGCUGCGCCGCGGCAUCUGCCUUUCGCGCGCGCCCCGCGCCAAGGCCGCCGCCGCGCUGGCUCAGGCGGAGCGCGGGCUGCUGCUGCGGGUGGUGGAGUCGUACCACGAGCGCGUGUGCGCGGCGGUGGGCGCGGAGGCGGGGGCAGAGGCGGCGGCGGGGCCGGAGGAAGGCGCGCCAGAGGGGCCCGCAGCAGGAGGGGUAAUGUUUGGCUCGACGGACGGCGAGGGAUUGAGCGGCGCAUGUGCGGCCGAGCCGCACGAAGCCAGCAGUGUGGCGGUGCGCAUUGACGAUGGCAUUGCAGCUGUGGGGCCAGCUGCCAAGAAGAGCGUGGUGGCCACGUCAGCCAGCUAUUUGCCCUCCAUCAGCUGCGGGCCCCCCCUUUGCAGCGGCAAGGGCAGUGGCAGCAGUGGCAGCAGUGGCGGCAGUGGCGGCAGUGGCGGCAGCGGUGGCAGCGGCGGCGGCAAGGGCGGCGGCAGGGUGGCGGCGGUGGCGGCCGUGGCAGCAGCGGCGGAGGCGGAGACGGAGGCGACGGAGGCCGCAAGGACGGCGGAUGCGGCUGAGCCGGCGGUGCCACCGGCGCCGCAAGAGCCGGCGCAAGCUUCAGGGCAGCAGCAGCAGCAGCAGCAGCAGCAGCAGCAGCAGCAGCAGCAGCAGCAGCAGCAGCAGCAGCAGCAGCAGCAGCAGCAGCAGCAGCAACAGCACGCAGGGGUGGAGCAUGCGCUCUGCCUGCAGCCGGCUGCUUUGUGUGAUCGGGCCACUGAGCUCCUUGAGACGCCAGCAGCGUCGUCCCUGCAGCAGGGGCCAGCGCACGUGCGGCACGAGGCGCGGCCUGGACCAUCUGCUUCGUUGCCGUCCACAGCGGCAAGCCAGCUGUGCCCUGUACCGGAGGCGAAAGAUGAAUCCCAUCUGGCGCCACAGCUGGAGCAGCAGCCCAAGCAGCAGCCGACGGUUCACCAGGGCCAGCAGCCCGAACAACUGCUGGAUUUAGUGCUUCCGGCCACGGCACCCGAGACGGUGCUGUCCGUGACGCCCCCGCAACAGCAGAUCCUGUUGUUGCCUGAAUUGCAGCAGGGGUGUCAGGAGCCCCAGCAACUGCCACCCCAGCAGCAGCAGCAGCAGCAGCAGCAGCAGCAGCAGCAGCAGCAGCCGCAGCAGGAGCAGCAGGAGCAGCAGACGCAGCAGAAGCAGCAGGAGCAGCAGGAGCAGCAGGAGCAGCAGGAGCAGCAGGAGCAGCAGGAGCAGCAGGAGAAGCAGGAGCAGCAGGAGCAGCAGGAGCAGCAGGAGCAGCAGGAGCAGCAGAGGGGCCAAGAAGAAGCACCACAUUCACGCAAAAGCGACGUAGCAGGGGCGUGCACAGCAGCUCGUGUGACUGCUAGCGGGGGUGACGUGCUGACCUGGCGCGGCGACGACCCUGGCGAUGCAGCAGCAGCAGCAGCAGCAGCAGCAGAAGCAGAAGCAGCAGCAGCAGCAGCAGCAGCAGCAGCAGCAGAGCAGAAGCAGAAGCAGAAGCAGAAGCAGAAGCAGAAGCAGAAGCAGAAGCAGAAGCAGCCGCAGCAGAAGCAAAAACAGAAGCAGAAGCAGCAGCAGCAGCAGCAACAGCAGCAGCAGCAGCAGCAGAAGCAGCAGCACCAGAAGCAGCAGAAGCAGCAGAAGCAGCAAAAGCAGCACCAGCACCAGCAGCAGCAGCAGCAGCAGCACCAGCAGCAGCAGCCAGUGUCAAUCCUGCAGAUACCACUACACCGCCGGCCACAGAGCCAAUAUCAGUGGACUGUGGCCUGCAGCGCCUGA